ACCCCCGAGGGAUCAUUCGAGUCCCAGAGCGACGGUGCACACACCAGCAUGGAUCUCGCUGCGGCUCUCGGCAAGCGCCGGGUCAUUGUCCAUCUCGAUCUCGAUGCCUUUUACUGCCAGGUCGAGCAUGUUCGCCUGGGCAUCCCCCUAGAAGUUCCGUUGGCUGUCCAGCAAUGGACCAAUCUGAUCGCCGUCAACUACACUGCUAAAGCCAGCGGUGUCAAGAGGCACGCCUUUGCGAGCGAUGCACUGGCUCAGUGUCCAGACUUGAAGCUUGUCCACGUGGCCACAUUUACCGAGGAGGAUAUUGAGCCCACAUAUCAUCCGCGGCCGACAUGGAACACCCACAAGGUCUCGCUGGAUGUAUAUCGACGAGCAAGCGUCAAGAUCAUGAAGCUGCUGCACUCGCUUUGUCCCAAGUUCCAGAAAGCAUCGAUCGAUGAGGCAUACAUGGAUGUCACCGAUAUGGUCUACUCCGAGAUCAAGAAGACGCGGUUCUCCGACACCGAUCUCGCCAGCGGACCGACUGUGGCUUGGGACGGCCUCGGGUAUAUUGUUGGUUUCGACAAGAAUCCAGGGGCACCGAUCGUGACCCAUGGCUGGGCGGACUAUCAGCUAUGGGUCGGGGCACACAUUGCCCAGGACUUUCGCAAGCUUUUGUGGGAUCAGCUGGGCUACACUUCGUCAUGCGGCAUUGCGCACAACAAAACGCUUGCGAAAAUAUGCUCUGGCCUUAACAAGCCGAACAAUCAGACCAUCAUGCGCGAAGCAGCUGUCGUGGAUUUUAUGCGGGAUCAUCCUCUCCUCAAGAUACCCCAGCUCGGGGGCAAGCUUGGGUCGGAGCUGCAACGCGAGUUUGGUUUUGAGACAGCCGGCGAUGUGUGGUCAACGUCAAAGGCGGCAUUGUGCUCCAAGUUGGGAGAGUCGACUGGAGAGUGGGUAUUCAACAUCUCCCGCGGACUGUGCAGCUCGGAGCUGACCGACACGGUCGUGGUCAAGUCUCUUGGGACCAACAAAAACUUUCGCCCCGCAAUCACCAGCGUCAAGGAAAUGAAGCGCUGGAUCUGCAUUCUGUGCAUUGAGCUCUACUUCCGACUCACAGAGGAGUUUGAAGAAUCCCACCGAUGGCCAAAGACGAUGACGAUUGGUGUGUAUCCUGCCAAGGACAGCGCCGCCACGCUCAAAGAGUUUUCAAAGGCACGGCCGAUGCCUCCCCGGAGCAUCAUCACGUCCGUGGAGGUCCUGAAAGCCAAAGCACUGGAGAUUCUCUCGGAUGAGCAGAUGCAAGGCUCGCUGCCUCUCAAGAAUCUCGGCCUUUCGAUGUCUGGGCUCACUGUCGAGACGACCCAAAGCGGCAACAUCCGCGAUAUGUUCCAGCGGCUCGCCAAAGAAGAGUCUUCAGCCGGACACAACAAGCCAGUCGCACCCAUUCGCUCUGACAAAAUCUCGGGUCUGGAUGGAGGUUUCGACAGCGUCGCCAAGUUCCCAGGAGACUCUUGCGAUUCGUGCGAUCCAGAUGAUGCUUUCGCUUCGGGCAACCCUUACCAGCCAGACGAUGCUGAGGAUCCAUAUGAUACAGAGGUUCCUGACGACCCCCAAUCCUCGACCAGCCGCACCACUGACUCAAGUAAAGAGCGCGCGACAGCCAAGGUGGUGGAGAUUGAGGAUGAGCUGCAACUCUGCCCACCGACUGGCCAAGACUCCGCUGUAUCGUCAUCUCGGAUGAGCACGAGCACGAGCACGAGCGCACCGGCCCGGGAUACUGUCGCGGAUCGGCCACAGCCUAUGUUGCUCAUCCAAACGGAUCCCGGCAGCGACUUCGACCCCAUUGACGCUCAUGUCCUCCCGCCCGAUCUCUACCGAGUCUGUCAGGAGUGUGGCAACAGGGCUGUCCUGAUCGAAGACUGGCAAGAGCACAGCGACUUUCACUACGCCCUGAGGGUCCAGGGCCUCCGGCCCGACGUUACAGGACUCAUUCCCAAAGGCAGCCGAUCUGUUGAUUGCACCAAGAGCCCUUCGCCGCCGCCCACUUUGGCGCCAACCAGCAGCAGCAGCAGCAGCAGCAGCAGUGGAAGCAAGCGCAAGCGGCCCGCAGGCGGGAGCCAUCAGGGGUCAGGCAGGGGUGGAGGCACCCACGGAUCCAGGAAGCUCACACACUACUUUGGAUCCAAGUGAGGCUGACCAUCCCGUCCAGGACCAUGAAUACACGCGCGUACAUUCACUGCAU